AGGCGAAAAAUUGAGGCACGCGUUUGCGGAACCCGUCCGCCAGAGGUGCGGUAAGGGACAGUUGCCAGGAUGCCGAACGCGGAGAAGCUGGCGAAGAAGGCGGAGUACUUCGACAAGUUGGUCGACCUCUGCAUCAACAGUAAGAAUGGUGCCCUGCUCGUUGGGGUGGACCACGUGCGCUCGAAGCAGAUGCAGGAGAUCCGGAUCGAGCUCCGGGGCAAGGCCGUGGUGCUGAUGGGCAAGAACACGAUGAUUCGGAAGGCGCUGCUGCUCGGCGCAGAGAAGCACCCAGGCUGCGGGCUCGACCAGCUGAGGGCGAGCAUCAACGGCAACAUGGGCUUCAUCUUCGCCACGAACUGCCAGCUGGACGACGUCCGCGAGACGCUGAAGAAGUACCGGCUGCCCGCGGCGGCGAAGGCCGGGCAGCUGGCCCAGGUGGACCUCUCGCUGCCCGCGGGCCCCACCGGCAUGGACCCGUCCCAGACGGCCUUCUUCCAGGCCCUCAACAUCGGCACCAAGAUCGUGAAGGGGCAGAUUGAGCUGGUCGCCGAGACGCCGGUGCUGAAGGCAGGCGAGAAGGUGUCCCCCGGAGGCGCGGUGCUCCUCGGCAAGCUCGGGGUGAAGCCUUUCGAGUACGGCAUGGAGGUGCAGCAGGUGUUCCAGGACGGCUCCACCUUCUCGGCGGCGGUGCUCGACGUGAAACCGGAGCAGCUCGUGGGCAAGUUCCUGGCCGGCCUCAACAAUAUGGCCGCGUUCAGCCGCGAGAUCGGCAUCCCGACAGAGGCCAGCCUGCCCCACGCGUUCGGGAACGCCUUCAGGAACGUCUGUGCGCUGUGCGCCGAGAUCGACUUCACCUUCAAGGACAUUAAGGGAAGAAUGGAGCCUGUCAAGAAGUUCCUGGAGGACCCCGAGGCGUACGCUGCGGCGAAUCCCGUGGCCGCAGCGCCGGCGGCGGGCGGCGGCGGGGGCGGCGAGAAGAAGGAUCGGAGAAGAAGGCCGCGGCCGUGGAGGAGGAGGAGGAGGAGGACGUGGACUUCGACCUCUUCGGCUGAGCGCACCGCGGCGGCGGCGAGGGCGCGGGGGGCGGUCCGCCUGCCCCGGGCGGCGCGCCCUGCGGGCCCGAGGGGCCAGAGGGGAGCUGCCGCACAUGCAUUGCUGGCGGCCUCGAGCAUUCCUCCGCCGCCUCCCCGCGUGCCUCCCCAGGCCUCGAGUGGUGACGUACCCCAGGAGUGAUUUCUCCGCCGAAGGAUCGGGAAACGGGAAAUACGUCGAAUGCUCCGUAUCCCUACUGAGCAUUCCAUGUGCUUGCC